AUGAAGCUCCUCCACCUCGAGCGCCGGCAGCAGGACGACGAGAUCCUAGUGACGAAGAACAUCUUUGAGGUGCUCUUCAAGCGUUUCGUCGGCAAGUCGCCCAACAUCACCCGUCUCUCCGAUGAGGUCCUGUACGAACAGUACUUUUACCGGUCGCACAACAAGGGUGCGCCGCCGCAGGACGCCCCGGACCGAACGCUCGGCAUCGUCGUGCGCGUGAAAGACCGCGAGUUCCAGUUCAACGCGAUGAUGGCGAUCGACUGGCUGCUCGACUUCACGACAGUGAUCGGGAUCGAGGAGGCGAGCGAGGUGCUGGCUCACUUUGUGCGGUACGGCUUCAUCCAGCUCGUGAACGAUCGGACGCGGGCGCGCGACCACUCUGUCGUCGUCACUGUGCGCGACGGCGGUGCCGGAGGCGGAGCAGGCGCCCUCAUGGUCGAGGGUGAGUACCGCGCGAGCGAGAAGGCGACGUACUGCAUCACCAAGCUGGGGCAGGAGGUCGCGCGGUGGAACCAGCCGCCAACGGGCUCCAAGGUGCCGUCGCAGGUGACGUUGUCUGCUGCGUCGUCGCCCGACCCGUCCUCAGGUCCGGCAAGCAAGCCGCUGAACAUGGCCGAGUUCCUCGCCGAGAAGCCCGUCUCCGCCCCGCCAGAACCGAAACAGAUCAACAUGUCCAAGGACUCGCACACGGCGCGUCUGAAGCAGAUCCUGCAGGAGCCUGCUCUCCGCUCCCUCUUCCGCGAAUACUUACGGAGCAACUUCUGCGAGGAGAAUCUCUCGUUCUGGCUCGACGUCGAGGACUUCAAGCGCCGCUUCAACAAGUCGUCCUCUGCCGCUGCUGCCGCCAGCAACAGUCCGCAGCCCGGCAGCCCGCAGCCAGCCGCCGGCGCACAGCAGCCACCACACGGCGCGAUGGAGAAGCACGAAAACGACCUCAUCCUCCUCACCUUUGUGAUUUACAACACGUACCUGAUCCCGGCGGCGCCGAGCGAGCUCAACCUCGACCACCAGAUCCGCGCCGAGCUCAUCAACUACAUGAACGAGAUCCUGCACUCCAACCCAGGCGGCGCGACACAGACAGGCGCCGACGGACACAGCGUCCCGGCAAAGCUGCACGCAAAGGAGCUCCAGAACCUCGUCUAUCUCUACGAGCGCAUCCAGUACCACAUCUUCAAGCUCAUGGCGAUGGACAGCGUGCCCAAGUUUAUCAAGACGGAGCGGUUCCUCAACCUCGUGAAAAACCUCAACCAGCUCGAGUUUGCAGAGUACGACGCGGCGGGCGGCAAGGACGCGCCAGACGACGAGAAGAGCAGGACGUACCUUACUGUCAGCGGGGCGGCGAAUCAGCAGGCACAGCAACAGCAACAGCACAGUCUGCAGCACCCGUAG